AUGGCCACCCAACACCACCAUAGAGGCGCUGAGCCCCCGGGCUGCCCGGACCUCCACCAGCGCUCCCCCGGGGACAAGAAUGACAAGUUACUCAACGGCUGCGUCCCCCUAUCGCAUCAGGUUGCUGGCCAUAUGUAUGGCAAAGAUAAAGUUGGUAUAUUGCAACAUCCUGAUGGGACUGUCCUAAAGCAACUGCAGCCUCCACCACGUGGACCAAGAGAACUGGACUUCUACAAUAUGGUUUUCUCAAGUGACUGCACAGACCCUAAGCUACGUGAUCUAAGGACUUUUUUGCCAAAAUAUUUUGGCACAUGGUCUCCUCCAGGAUCUGCAGAUGAUCUUUAUUUAAAACUGGAAGAUGUAACUAGAAAGUUUAAUAAACCAUGCAUCAUGGAUGUGAAGAUUGGCCAAAAGAGCUAUGACCCAUAUGCAUCGGCAGAGAAGGUACAGCAGCAAAUUAGCAAGUAUCCUUUGAUGGAAGAGAUUGGUUUCCUGGUUCUAGGCAUGAGGGUAUACCAUGUUGAUUCUGACAGCUUUGAAACUGAAAACCAGCACUAUGGACGGCGUUUAACUAAAGAGACUGUGAAAGAAGGCAUUUCCAAGUUCUUCAAUAAUGGCUGUUGUCUGAGGAAGGAUGCUGUGGCUGCUUGUCUCCUGAAAGUUAAACAAAUUCUUCAUUGGUUUGAGCACCAAGACACACUCAACUUUUACGCAAGCUCUUUGCUCUUUGUUUAUGAUGGCUCCGGCCCCCAAACCAAUACAAAUUUAGUUGAUGGAAAAGUUCUGGAGAAGGUCUUUUCUAAAGAGUUGUUUAGUGAUGUUGAGGUGCCGGAGUGCAAUAACAACAUAAAUUUGUUGAGCUCUAUGAGUAGUGGGAAGGGAGAGGAGCAUGAAGUGAAACUGUCAAGAAUCUAUACUGUUCACAAGAAGACCUGUCCCAAGAGGCCACACAGCCAGGCCUUCCUGGAAGAAGAGACUGUAGAGCAAGACCGAGCAUGGAAAAGUCAUAACAAUUCUCCACGUGAACAUCUAAAUGGAAACCUCCUGGAUAAACUGGAAAAUGUCUUCUGUCACGUUUCCACAGAGUCGAGGGAGAGGUCGAAGACUGACGUCAGAAUGAUCGAUUUUGCUCACGUGUUUCCGAGUAAUGAAAAAGACGCUGGCUAUAUCUAUGGAUUGAAAAAUGUAAUUGUAGUCUUGCAGAGUAUUUUAAAUGAAUAACUGCUGUGUCAUUGUGAUUGGGAGCCAAUGACUGGAUAAUCAAGAACAACCUUCACGAAUAUUUGCACUUGUAAAUUGUGGUAAUUUUAUUCCCCUCUCUUUUUAUUGUGAUUCUGCAUUGCAGUCUUUUUCAUCUUGGUGGAAGGGGGUCUAACUUUUUUUUAUAAUACUACUCAGGAAUAUUGAAAUGAUCUGUAGGUGUUUAAAUAAUUCUGAAUCUGUAGUAGGCAAGGCAUUGAGAUCACUCUGGUAGAAUCUAGUUGGCGAUUUUAUUACGGUGCUAUGGUAGGCAGUCUGCCUUUCUCAUACAGUAACUCAAAAAUCUGAAUUUUGGGACCA